GCCCUGGUUCUGAGUUCGUGCCGCCUCUCUUCCCCCGGGAAUGGCGCUGUCUGGGUCGACCCCGGCCCCGUGCUGGGAGGAGGAUGAGUGUCUGGACUACUAUGGGAUGCUGUCGCUUCACCGUAUGUUCGAGGUGGUGGGCGGGCAACUGACCGAGUGUGAGUUGGAGCUCCUGGCUUUCCUGCUGGACGAGGCUCCUGGCGCCGCCGGCGGCCUGGCCCGAGCUCGCAGCGGCCUGGAGCUGCUCUUGGAGCUGGAGCGCCGCGGGCAGUGCGACGAGAGCAACCUGCGGUUGCUGGGGCAACUCCUGCGCGUGCUGUCCCGUCAUGACCUGCUGCAACAUCUGGCGCGCAAGCGGCGCCGGCCAGUGUCUCCAGAACGCUAUAGCUAUGGCACCUCCAGCUCUUCAAAGAGAACAGAGGGCAGCUGCCGUCGCCGUCGGCAGUCAAGCAGUUCUUCAAAUUCUCAGCAGGGUCAGUGGGAGACAGGCUCACCCCCCACCAAGCGGCAGCGGCGGAGUCGGGGCCGACCCAGUGGUGGUGCCAGACGGCGGCGGAGAGGGGGCCCAGCCAGCCCCCAGCAGCAGCAGGAGCCGGCCAGGCCUGUCUCAGAAGGCAAAGUGACCUGUGACAUCCGGCUUCGGGUUAGAGCAGAGUACUGCGAACAUGGGCCAGCCUUGGAGCAGGGCGUGGCAUCCCGGCGGCCCCAGGCACUGGCGCGGCAGCUGGACGUGUUUGGACAGGCCACUGCUGUGCUGCGCUCAAGGGACCUGGGCUCCGUGGUGUGUGACAUCAAGUUCUCAGAGCUCUCCUAUCUGGACGCCUUCUGGGGUGACUACCUGAGUGGUGCCCUCCUGCAGGCCCUGCGGGGCGUGUUCCUGACUGAGGCCCUACGUGAGGCCGUGGGCCGGGAGGCUGUCCGCCUGCUGGUCAGUGUGGAUGAGGCUGACUAUGAAGCUGGCCGGCGCCGCCUGUUGCUGAUGGAAGAGGAGGAGGGACGGCGCCCAACGGAGGCCUCUUGAUCCUGGAUCUAGCAGGACUGACCCCCACCUCCAAGUCUCUGGGCCAUCUUCUUCCCUGGAGGAUGACCAUCUCUGCCCCUAGAGGACUGUUACUCUAGCAGCUGAAGACUGCAACAGGACCAGGACAGCAGGCCCCUUAACAGCUCCUCCCACAGGAUGUGGGCUCUGAGGCCUAGACCACUUCCAGCUGAGUUUCCUUCCCAAACUGCCCCCACCCCCAGGUGUGUUCCCUUAGCUUCAAGAGACCAGGGGUUUAGGCCCAUAUCCCCAAAGGGAGGGAGGCAUACACAUUCACCCAAAGCCCCUGCACAUCAUGUCUCAACUUGGGCUGUCUGCACGCACAUGAGUGGGCACACAAACUCACUCAUGCUCACAUACUACCCCUUCUGAAAUCUUCCUGGGCCCCUGCCCUAGCCUGCUCCACAUAUUUCUUUGGCCUAAGGGCUUCUCUCUCAGGAUCUCUAGUUUGAUUACCCCCAACCUGGGCAUCAGCCACACCAGUGGGCACCAGAGCUGGGCUGCACAUGGGGCAUGCUUACCUUGCCCACAUUCCUAGCCAGCCAGGGCCCUGCCCAGCUUCCACACACAGACUUAACUCUUAUCACCUUUCCUCUGUUCCCUGGAGCUGGACAUAGACUUGUACUUGGACCCUCAUCUGGAGCAUCACACGUGGGUGUUGUGGCAACAUCAGACCAUGACCUACUGUUGCCCUUGGGGCCAGGACCAGAAAUUAACCGCCUUCUUGGAAAGGGAAGGCAACGGCUUAGGGGCUGAUGGGAAAGACCUUUUUACAAAUGGCACCAAUAAAACUGCACUGGAAAGGGCA